CUCGUCCAAUCGCUCAAAUCGGAGCCGUAUACCUUCCUCCAACCGCCAACGACGUUACACACAUCAUCGCUCGAUUUUCUCAAGCAGACACUUGAUCCGAUCGCAAAAUCCAUCGCCGAGACACAGCAACAACGCUUGCAAGAAGUUCGCAAGAAGAGAAAGCGCGGUCAGAACGACGAAGCCGAUGACAUUCUGCGCCUGAAGAAAGUCCAUGUCGACGGGUUCGCUGUCGAGCAAGUCUGGGAACAAGCAAGGCGCAUCAUCGACGCCGCCAGGAAAGAGGCUCAGCGCAACUUCGACGAGCUUGCAGAGAAGUACGCCAUCGACGACUCUGAAGGCGAGAGCGAGGAUCAGGAUGGUGAAGACCUGUCAGAAGCUGGUGAGAGUGACAUUGGCGAGGAGGGAGUGGACUACGAAAUCGAAGGCGAAGAGGAAGAUGACGAUGAGGACAUGGAAGUAGACGGCGAGGUCGAUGACUACGAGGAGUCCGACAUCGAGGCCGACGACGAUGUCGAAAUGGGCAGUGAAGACGGUUCCGAGGCAGAGAGCGAGGAAGCAGCCGAGUACGUGCCCGACCCGCACGGCCUGAACGACGGCUUCUUUUCCAUCGACGACUUCAACAAACAAUCAGAGUUCCUCGAACAAGCCGACGCUCGCGGAGACAACGACUUUGAAGACGACGACGAGGAGGGUAUUGACUGGGGCUCCAACCCUCUUGGAGCUAGCACCACAAUCGCAAAAGCAGCACAGAACGACGAUGAUGAAUCGGACGACGAAGAUGGCCCGACGUUCGGCAAUGUCGACCUGAAUGCACCCGAAGGUUUCAGUGACAACGAGGAGGAAGUUGAAGAAGGAGAGAUGGACGGCAUGGGCUCGCUCUCAAACACAAACGAAGUCAAAUACGCCGACUUCUUCGCCCCUCCUGCCAAAAAGGUCCGAAAGAAUAAGAAGGGCCGCCCGAACCCUCACAACUUCCCUGCCAAACAAGCCUCCCCAAGUGGCGCCGACGAACCCGCAGAGAAUGAGGAAGAGAUGGAGCGUACCAUGGAGAAGGUCCACCGCGAUCUAUUCGACGAUGUGACCGAUGAUGAGGAGGAUGAGGAGAACCUUGACCCAGCCGACCCUCGCUCUCGUCGUUCAGCACACGAGCGUCGCCAGGCCGCUCUCACCGAGGAGAUUCGACGCCUGGAAGCUGCCAAUGUUGCAAAGAGAGAUUGGACUCUGUCUGGUGAGGCUCGUGCUGCCGAUCGGCCCAUCAACUCACUGCUCGAAGAGGACCUCGAGUUUGAACGCGUCGGAAAGCCCGUACCAGUCAUCACCGCCGAAAUCAGCGAGAGUCUGGAAGAGCUUAUCAAGCGUCGCAUUCUGGCAGAAGACUUCCAAGAUAUCAUUCGCCGUCGCCCCGACGAUCUGGCUACUGGCAACUCAAGCAGACGCGGGCGUCUCGACUUUGAGCUUGACGACAGCAAAAGCAAGAAGUCUCUUGCCGAGAUGUACGAGGAGGAGCACCUCAAGGCCACCGACCCAAACUACGUCGAUGCAAAGGACGAGAAGACACAAAAGGAGCAGCAGGAGAUCGACGCCCUAUGGCGCGACAUCAGCAACAAGCUCGACAGUCUCAGCUCAUGGCACUUCAAGCCCAAGGGUCCCGCUACACAACUCGACAUCCGUGUCGACGCACCCGUCGUACGUCUCGAGGAUGCCCGUCCCACUGCUGGUGCAGAGGCUGCUGCUGCCUCACAACUCGCACCACAAGAGAUCUACAAGGCAGGCGAGGCGGCCGAGAAGGCAGAGGCCGAGCUUGCCACCCGUGGCGGCCUGGUUGUCAACCGCGAAGAGAUGAGCAGAGAAGACCGCAAGCGUCGCCGCAGACGCGACAAGGAGCGCGAGAAGAAGUCGCUGGCCAACGUCGAUCCCUCAAAGAAGGAGAGCAAGAAGACAAAGGAGAGAAAGGGCAUCAUCAGCGACCUCAAGAAGGGUGGUGUCAAGGUCAUUGGCAACAAGGGACAGAUCACAGAUGUCUCGGGUGCUGCUGUCAAGGAUGCC